AUGAGCGACAAAGAUGAUUGGUCCAGGCCUAUUGGAGCUCAGACAGCGCUAUCCAGCCGAUAUGUCGUAAUCAGAAACCUAGGAAGCGGAGCUUCUGGCAGAGUGGUCGAGGUUGAAGAUCGUGAAGAAGGGUGUAGACGUGCGGUCAAAAUCUUUCACUCUCGACAUGUAGCGGGCCGUGAAUUCCGGGCACUGUCAAAACUAUCUAAUGCAGGAGCUGAUUGCGGCCAAUAUGUCCGUCUACAUGAUAAAUUUAUCUUUCGAGAUUAUGUCUGCCUUGUCACAGACUUGUUGGGAGAAAGCCUGUUUGACUUCUUAGAACAGAAUAGCUUCAAGCCCUUCCCCGGCAGCCACGUUCAGAAUAUUGCACAGCAGCUUUUUCAGAACAUCGCCUACAUCCAUAGCUUAAAUCUCACACACGCCGACCUCAAGUUGGAGAACAUCCUUCUGGUGAACCCGGCUUUCCGCGUCCAGUUCUUUCAGCAUCGCGUGCUGUCCACAGAUGGGGUUCCCUACCAUGUCAGGGGUCGACGGCGAGAAUUGUGCGACACCCAAAUCCGCCUAGUUGAUUUUGGCAUGGCGACAUUCGGCGAUGAAUACCAUCACCCAGAGGUCACAACUCCAGCAUUCCGCGCUCCUGAGGUUGUCUUGCAUCUAGGGUGGAGCUUUCCCUGUGACAUUUGGAGCAUUGGCUGUAUACUCUUUGAGCUCUGUACCGGAAAGCCCGCCUUUAAUCCACGAAGCAGCAUAGAGCACCUCGUGGCGAUGGAGCAUGUGCUCGGCCGUCCCAUCGAUUCCCAUCUCAUCGAAAAGGCAAAACAGUCAUCGAAUUUACCGGAUAAUCUCUCUCGGUAUAUCCGGGGCUACAUGCCUAUCCCACCCACAGCGAUGAGCCGUGUGACAAAAACAGAGAUGCUCGGUCAUCUCAUUCCAAAUGAGACCAUGUUUGACCAGCUAUUUCUUGACCUCCUUCAACAGAUCUUUGUAUUCGAUCCAAACAGACGUAUCACGGCCCACGAGGCGCUACGGCAUCCCUGGGUGACAGGCGAAGGAGCCUAUACAUGUGCAAAGGAGCAAGAAAGAACAGCUGACAGUGAAAGGAAUCACAUUCUGGGCGUUCCCACUAAGCAGCUGUCCCAGGGUAUCAAUACCAAGCCGAUGUCCAUCCAACGCAAACCUCCGUUAAUCCCGCAUUUGCACAAUCGACUGCCCGAAGGAGACAUCAAUCGGAUCUUGGAGAUCAUUUCUCUGGUCCUAGUGUCAAACUACCGGAGAACUAGUAUCUGCUACAAGAAUCGCAAGUCGUUUAUUCUGCGGCAUAGAGACCGUUUGCGGAGCCAUUUCAAUAAACAGCGCGAUCUCCCCACUUUGCCACAGCACCUUCGUAGGCAGAUUGACAACACCUUACACACUGCGCAUUCAGCCAAACGAAAGAUACAGACGCUGCAAACACUGGAGGGUUCUGCAAUAAUGACAACAUUGUUAAGAUCACUGGUGAGUAAUAAGGUAAAUCUCAUGCCAAAUCACUCCAUUGUCAUCCAAGAAUACAUCCAGUCUACUCCGACUUUGGUCGACAGCGUUGUUGAAUCGUCCUGA